AUCUUUAAGGAGGAUAGAGAAAUAAGAAAUGAGUCUCACGUUGCAUGGGUGACAUCACUGGCUUUUGGCUCAGCGCUCUGUAUGCUCGGUCUGUAGGCUUCGGCCAAGGCUGCAGGGCUCGGUGUUUGAACAAGGAAACAUUCCCAGGUGUACAGAAGAUUGGAUUUGCUAUUAUUUGGGUUAAAAACGGUGAAAUGAGAUUUCUCAAGCUUGGGGACUCCAGCUCGCCUUCUGUUGCACUUGAUCUCUACAAGAUGGGUGAGUUAUUCCCAUUAAAGAGAAAGGGAGUGAACAUUUAAGGAGAAAAAAAAGUAUGUCUGAAUAUGUAACUACCGAUGCCGGGGAUACGAUCCGUACGAAGCUGCUGAGCUAAAAAACCUCCGCUCCGGCGAGGAGAUCGGGCCAUAUGGCAGAGAAAUGGUGCAGCCCUGAAGCUGUUGACAACAGUUAGGGGCUGCUCUCCUCUCCCCGUGCGAGGUGUGUGGCUCCCCCCCACCUCCGCCCCUCCGCCCCGGUUUGUUUUGGUUCGGUUUCCCCCGACCUCCCUCCCUCCCUCCUUCCCCUCCCCGUUCCUCAGCAUCCUCUCCGCCAGCCGUAGCCCUGCCUGCCUUCAUCUUGCAGAUGGCUAACGUGCCGCCGUGUUAGGAAAACUGUGCACAACACAUCCCAGCGCCGGGGACGGAGGAAGCCUUGCAGCUGCCGGCGGAAGGGGGGGCAGCAGCGUGUCUGUGUGCGAGCGUGUGUGGAGGGAGGGAGGAAGGAUGCCGGGGCCCAGGGCAGCCCCCCGCGCUGCCUAGCGCGCCGGCGGCGGCUCCUGCCCGGCCCGGAGCCGGGGCUGCCCGCGAAGGAAGGCAGAGCCGCGUUCGGCUGCCCGGAUGACAGCGCCGCCGACUAAAGCGGGAGAGUGAAUGGGCAGGGCUGGCAGAGAGAAGCCGAGGUGUCUCCGAAGCCAGGAUGCCAGCGGCUGUCGGCGAAGGCUGCUGAGGGAGAGAGCCGAGCGCGCCCGCGUUCCCUGAGGCAGCCGGGCAGGGGAUGCUUUAACCACGAUCUCAAACAGCAGCAGCGGCGGCGACAACAACAACAGAUUGCUCCCCCCCUCCCGCUCCCUCCCUUUCGACCCCGCUUUAAACCCAAGCAAGUGACCGGCCGUCCAGACGAUGAUGCUCUUGCUGAGCCGCUGACAAAGGAAAAGCGAGUCACCCGUUCCUGACACCGGGACAACUGGCUGCUUGCGAGUGGGAGAUGUCAGGCUGUUGAACUUUUCUGUCCUGUGAUGAUGCUGUAGUGAUCCGAAGCUGUCUCUCCUGGAUUUCUGGGUGGGCCAGAUUGAACGAGAUUGAUGGACUGAUCAGCCAUCGGGUCUCUUCAGGGGCAUUCAUCCCUUCAGCCCCUGCCACUGGGGUGCUCGUGGUGAAAGGCUGUGUUUCUCCUCACCAGGUCUCCUCUGCAGAGGAGAAGAGGCAGAUGAGACUCCAAGACUGCCUCCAGGGCAGAACUUUGUAGUGCUCUCAGCAUCCCUCUGCAGCGUGGAUGUGAGCCACGGGAGUUGGGGAUGUUUGAGGCGGUCUGUGCCAAGUGACACCCAGCAGCUGCUCCGCUGGUUUUUGCGUGCUCUCACCCCCAGUGGCUUUGCCUGUUGUGAAGAUGUCCAUGGUGUUUCUGUGAAGCUGAGGCAUGGCUGCUGGAAGGUUACUGCUCUAUGCUGGCCUCUCUUUAGCUCUGUGUGCCCUUGGCAUGCUGGCUGUGGCGAUCUGCUCUGACCAUUGGUACGAAACUGAUGCCAGGAAGCACAGAGAGAGGUGCAAGAGCAUCACCACUAAGAGAAAUGAUCCUGGCUUCAUUUAUAACUCCAACAACAACCUGCCUCUCAGGGCCAGCAGGUCUAGGUUGGACCGCUGGGAAGGGAAACUCCUCUUGGCAAGGAACAGGAGGCAGAUCUUUGCUAUGAGCGCUGUCGACGAGUGCAACAGACAGUACAACUCCACCAACAUGGGGCUCUGGAGGAAAUGCCACCGACAAGGAUUCGACCAGGAGCUGGAGGAGCUGAUUGCCAAAGGAGCAAUUGAGCGGUGCUCGUACAUCAAGUACCACUACUCCUCAGCCACCAUCCCCAAGAACCUUACGUACAACAUCACCAAGACAAUCCGCCAGGAUGAGUGGCACGCCUUGCACCUGCGCAGGAUGACCGCUGGUUUCAUGGGCAUGGCCGUGGCCAUUAUCCUCUUUGGGUGGAUUAUCGGCGUCCUGGGGUGCUGUUGGGACCGAGGCCUUAUGCAGUAUGUGGCAGGGCUUCUCUUCCUCAUGGGAGGAACCUUCUGCAUCAUUUCACUGUGCACGUGUGUGGCUGGAAUCAACUUUGAGCUGUCCCGCUACCCGCGCUACCUGUACGGACUGCCCGACGACAUCAGCCACGGCUACGGCUGGUCCAUGUUCUGUGCGUGGGGGGGCCUGGGCCUCACUCUCAUCUCUGGCUUCUUCUGCACUCUGGCCCCUUCUGUCCAACCUGUCCCCAGGACCAACUGCCCCAAAUCUAGACCUGAGAACGGGACAGUGUGCUAAAACAAAUAGCAAACAAAUACACACACACAAAGACAUAUAUAUAUAUAUAUAUAUAUGCCUAGGUAUGCCUAUACAUGCAUAUAUAUGUAUAUAUAAUUAUAUAUAUAUAAAAUCUCAAAUUAAUGCCAGUGCCAAGGUAGAGCUGAGUCCAACAUGGCACUCACAUCUCCACUGGACUCUGUGUUGCUUCAUUCUUUCUCACAGUGAUGGGAAAGCUUUUCUCUCACAUGGCUCUUCCAUCCAACUCUUAACUUCAGCAUCAUACCUUAGAGGUCAAAUGAACCUACAGUUGCACCUACCUACUGCCAUUUGGGAGGGCAAACAGGGGAUCCAUGUGGGCAAUCUGGAACCAGAAUCUGUACAGGACAUGGUGGGGGCAGAGGCGUGGGGGGGAUGACACAAAAAGUGUGUCCAUUGCAGCCAGAAGGGAAAAUGUAAACAGCAAGCAAAUGAAGCAUUUGAGCCACUUCAACAACAUACCUCCUCAAGGCCAUUAUCAGAAACCCACCUAUGUUCCUUUUCUUUCUUAAAACAAAAUGACAGAAAUUGUGUCAUUGGUUUUGGGGUUUUGUUGGGUUUUUUUCUCCUUAAAACGCAGAAAACAAAAUGGACAGAAUGUGUGAGGAAAAGUAGAAAAGCAUUUUCUCUUUGCCUGCCAAACUUUAGAGAGAAGUAAACAAGUGAAAAUACUACUACUAAUAAUUAAUAAUAAUAAACAUCCAAGAAAAUAAAACCAGAAAACAAUAAAAAUCUCCAAGAGGACAUCUCAGCGGACUUUCCAACAAUGCGGUUUUAAUCUUCCAGCUGCCUUACAUCCAGGCUUACAACUGAGGCUGAACUGCUAAUGUAAAUGCAGCAGAAGGCCUUUUGAAAAUGCUGUGAUACAUGUGUGUAUAACUUUUUCUUCCCUCUUACUUUAUUUAUUUUUUUUAACAAAAAGAAAAAUUUAAAACAUUGCAAUGUGAUUGUCCACCAAGCCAUCCAUGCUGUGUUUGUGGCCCGAGACUGAGGCACCCAGCGGCAGAAGCGUGAGGAAAGCCGUCAGGUCUGAGACAGCACAUCUUCUCUGGUGGAUUUCAGCAGGUUUUUUUUUUCAUGGAGCUUCUAAGAGUUCAGGAUGGUGGAUCCAGGGGAAGACUGACCAAGGAGAAGGGAGGCGGGGGAAGGCCUGGUAGCUGUUCUUCCCAGGGAUUUGAUGGAAUGGGAUUUCAUCAAGUUUCCAGUUUGGAUGUUUGAGACAACUGAGCAAAAGCCAUUGUGGAGGAGGAAAAGGGAGCUAAUUUCCGUAGAAGAGAAGUAAGAGAUGCCUCUCAUUGUGUUCAUGUAUGCCAAAUAAGACCUUCCCACAUCUUGUCUUUGGAAACUGCCCCAAUUCAAUGGACAUCUCCUCUCUCCAUCUGGGAGGACUGUGUACAGAUGGAUGUGAAAGGGUCAGAUGCAGAGAACAGAGAUCCAUUUCCCAUGAGCUUAAGCAUUGUAUGAUAUAACUGUGAAUCUGCAAAUGGAACUCUCUCUCUUUUUUGGUCUUUCUCUUUUUCCUGCUACUCCUCUUCCUAUUGUCUCCUUUUUCCUUCCCUCUGCUCUUCCCGUUGUUCAGGUCAUAGGUCCCAGAAGAGCUAAACAACAGCUAAUUCUGGAGAGGUGGGUGAAGGCCAUUAGAGGAAGAAAAGCAUUUUGGCUGUGAGGACAGUGGGUCCUUGCAGGGUACCAGUGGCUGAGGGGAAGGUAGGGAAGAAGGUCCAAGGGUGUAGCCAAAGGGACUCUGAAGAAUGAUGACUGAAUUGCCAUGUGCAAAAGUGAGGGCACCACUGACAAAUGUGCAGGCAAAGAGAGACAGGGCAAAGAAAAAAGUCUCCCCAAAACCAAUCCAACCCAACAUGCUCUUAAUUCAGGGAUAGUACCAGCAAUCUUUUCUUACCUGAUAGCUGCAUGAUAUGAGUCCUCAUCAGUCAAUAAAAAGUAAUCCUCUCCAUCUAAAAUAUAUCAACAGGAGAAGGAGCCUGUGCCUGCUGCACAGAAAUGCAGACUUUAAUUUCCAGGUCAUGCCAUUUACACAGCUGGCAAGAAACAGUAUUGCUUGGUUUAAAAAUAUCCAGCUAACAAAUAAUUCUUGCACAUAUAGUUGUAUUACAGUGCUCAAAGAAACGAAGUUUCUGGAGGACAUGUUGGAAUAGAGUAGAUUUGGGUUUCUUCCAUUCUUGCUCAACUACCUAGCUUUUGUUUUCUGUUGUCUACAGAUUCCCCAAACAUGUCAAUACCAGCUCCUAAGUCAGUGUGUUUGCACUGAAGUGCCAUCCCUGUCAACUGAAGUUUCACAAUUUCAUUUUACAUUAGAUGUGACCAGAGAAAUUACUUAUUUAUUCAAGUUGAAAAUACAAGCCUUUUGAAAAAACUUCCUUUUUAAGCAGAUUGCUUUAUUUAUUUUUUUCUGGGAAGGUUUUCAAAUAGAGUGGUUUUGAAAAGUUUUGAAAUCAUUAGACUGUGCAAGUGCCUACUUGGUAAGGAGGUUGAUGAAUUACCAUUGAACAGAAGAAGGAAAUUUAAAACAAAAAUAGCCUUGGAGAGCUAAAUGAAAGCUGAAUGCAGAAAACCAAUAACUGGAAACCAAAAAAAAACCUAUUAAAAAAUUGUUCAUUUCUUCAAAGCAUGAAAAAUUUUGGAAAAAACCCCAACUUAUUGGUAAGAAAUUAUACAGCUGCUUAAUUAAAACAGCUUUGAAUGCAAACUUUCCUCCUCCUCUGCAGUGCUGACUGUGAUAGGAAAGGUGUUUCAUGUAAAUACAGAUAUCUGGAGUGACACAGGUAAGCCAGAGUCACAGAGGUCCCUAUCUGGAGUCUACCAUCAGGCCCUGUGGCAGGCAGAGCAGUACAGCAGCUCCUGUGAUGAUGUAUCCUUGUGUGCUCCUUGAGUGUUCACAGGGUGAAUUCUAUAGAUACAGUUUUGAAAGAUGUAUAGCAGUAAGAUUUAAAGAAAUGGAAGUAAUUUUGCUGUUUGAUGGAUUUUCAAAGGUUUCCUUUUCUUCUGCAGCUGGCUCAAAACCAGUUUUGCCUUGAUGAAGUAUUCUCUGAUGGUGUUGGUUUACAAGCUGUAUAUAAGCCUCUGUGUCUGUCUGUGUGUGACCGUGGGUUACGGUUAUCUUAUUAACAACAGAAAAGUGUUGACCCUGAAUCUUUGGGCCAGUUCUGUGAUUUUCCACUUGCUCUAGCAUAGUGUCUGUAAGGCCUGUGUGGCUGUGAAGCAUCUUAAAAUCUAUGGCAAUGUCUGAAGCAGCAGGUGAUCAUGUCACCUUAAUCUCCAGCUGGAUCCCCAAAAGAACCAUUUGUCCAAACACCAGAUCUCUCAUCACUGCUUUAAGUAAGGGCAGAACCCUUUUGGGAGAUUUUG